AUGGACCAGGAAAACGAGAGAAACAUUUCAAGACUAUGGAGAGCCUUUAGAACUGUGAAAGAGAUGGUGAGAGACCGUGGGUUUUUCAUCACGCAGGAGGAAAUCGAUCUAUCGCUCGAAGACUUCAAGGCCAAAUACUGCGACUCAAUGGGUCGCCCACAGCGCAAAAUGAUGUCGUUCCAGUCUAAUCCCGUCGAAGAGUCUUUGGAGAAGUUUCCCAAUAUGGGGUCGUUGUGGGUAGAGUUUUGCGAUGAGGCGUCAGUUGGCAUUAAGACCAUGAAGAAUUUCGUUAUUCACAUCAGUGAGAAGAACUUCCAGACUGGUAUCUUUGUGUACCAGAAUGGUGUAACCCCCAGUGCCAUGAAGCUGCUACCUUCGGUGUCGCCUGCGACUAUUGAGACUUUCCAUGAAGCGUCUUUAGUCGUUAACAUUACCCACCACGAGCUGGUGCCAAAACACAUAAAGCUGAGCGACGAGGAAAAGAAAGAACUGCUCAGACGAUACAGACUAAAGGAAUCCCAACUACCCAGAAUCCAAAGGAUGGAUCCGGUUGCAUUAUAUUUAGGUUUGAAAAGAGGAGAUGUUGUCAAGAUCAUCAGGAAGAGUGAAACCUCAGGACGUUACGCAAGUUACAGAGUGUGUUUGUAA